AAGGUCUUUUUCUUGGUGAGAAUUAUGAUAAAUGUUUGAUUUUAGUUGAAUCUAUUAAUAUUGUGCCAGAAUAUUUUUGCCAAGACUUUUUUAAUAUUCUUGGACAGGACAGGCCAGAUUUUCGGUGGAUCAUAAUCGGCCCGGCUCGUUCUGGAUCAACAUUUCAUAAAGAUCCGAAUUCAACUUCAGCAUGGAAUGCUGUUAUCAAAGGAUCCAAAAAAUGGAUAAUGUAUCCACCAGAUACUCUUCCUCCAGGUGUUUUCACUAGUGCAGACGAGGCAGAAGUUACAUCACCAGUAUCUUUGAUGGAAUGGCACUUUAAUUAUUAUAAAGAAACACAAAAGUCAAAAAUACGGCCUUUAGAAGGGAUUUGUCGUACAGGUGAAAUGAUUUUUGUUCCAAAUGGAUGGUGGCAUAUGGUGUUCAACCUCGAAGAUUCUAUUGCUAUU